GUGAGCAGGUGCCAGAGCUGCGCCCAUGGCUGCUGGCCAAUCGCCCGGGCAUCUAUCAGCGGGUGGAGGGCGUGCGUUACCUCUGCAGGCCAUGCGGCUCGGAAGUGUUCUUCGUCAGGCCGGCGUUGAGCGCUGUUUGGUUUGUUCACGAGCACGAGAACAAGCACAAGGAAGGCCUCCAGCGGAUGGCAGCGGCCAGCUGGUUCCAGUUGCGCCCGAACCUGUCCGAGCUCCUUGCGCAGGCCGUCGCCUUCCAGCGGACACCGGACUCCUUCGACGCCUGGAUUGCCAACGGGGUGCUGGCGUUCACAACAGAGAGCCAGGCGCCUUCUGGCUGGCUCAGCGCGCUGCGCAUCACCGUGCAAGGCUGCAGCGCAACCCUGAGGCACCGAGACUGCGAACAAGGCCUCGCAGACAGCUUGUGUGCAAGCUGCGAGAAGCUUGUCACGAAGCCGAUGCUGGAUAGCGUGGCCAACUGGGCGAGGCGCUUAGCCUGCGCCGACCUGGUCUUCGCAUGCGUCUUCCGGCCCCAAGACGUGGCAGCCAAGCUGGAGCGCAUGGAAAGCAGCGACUACACAGCCUACAGCAAAAAGUGUCGGUCUGAAGUGCGCCGCUGCUCGGAGAUCUUCAGCAGUAUGGGGAUCGCAGCUCUGCACGACCACUGCAGGAGACAGUGGCUGUGUAUGACCGGGGCAACCCUCACGGACGAGAUCCGGCGCUUCAUCCGCGUGAACAUCGCCGAGCUCAACCUGAUCAGCUGCGAGCCCGACGAGCAGUCUGCGUGUGAGGAUCUGCAGCUCGCGGCGUACGUGGCCUCGGGCAAGAUGCAGAAGCACGUGGCUGUCCGAGCUCUUCUCCACACUUUCGUGCAGGCGGAGAGACGAAUCAGCUCCGGCAACGCCUUGGUGCGUCCUGGCAGAAGCCUGCCUGAUGACUUCCGCCUGGAACUCAUGGGCACGCUAGGCCAAGGGAAGGCCGCCGCAGACCUCCUGGCCAUGUUCCAUGUGCGGACCAGAGGUCAAUCCCGGCCGAGGUUAGAUUUUGGCAAUCCCCUAGUGCCAGAUUUUUUCCUCAGUCACUUGGACAAGGAGGGCCAACAGACAUCGUGUGCGACUGCUUUCCGCCUCCUGACUGGAGGAGAGAGUCAGAGGCUCUUGCGCGUCGCUAUCGACGAAACGUAUUGGCGUCCGACCUGGCAACCGGUGAGCCAGUUCAAAAACAGAGACGUGGCCAUCGUCGGUGGCGGCUGGUCGGAUGAAGCCAACAUGGCUGUCCUGAACCCAAAGGAUGGGCGGUCCGACCACGACCUAGCAAGGCUGACCGUGAGCUGCGUCGCAGCCAAAAAUCCACUCUUCGUGGAGCUCGUGGGGCAGUUGCUGGAGAGCUUUGAGAAGGCCGGGCGAAAAGCGCUCCCGGUUUCUGUGGCCUACGACGGGGGCACGAGCAACAGCCUCCUGAACGCCGUGCUUCUAGGUCUCGUGGACCAGGACGAGAUGAGCGACUACCCCUUCUUCCGCUCCGUCAGCGUCGCCAGACCUAACCUGAAGAUGUUCCCGCUCGGCGUCCUGAGGUCGAAGUCGAAGCAGUACAUCUCCGGCAGCAACGUGUUUGCUGAGGGCGGGACUGCCGGUCUCGGCGUACACAAACAGAGACGCGCAGUCGGACAGCGUCCUUCACGGUUCCUCGAGGACAACUGGGAAUGCGAUGGCAUUCGCAUUUUCAUGUUUCUCGGGGAGUUGAUCUCCUCGACCUGGAACUGUGGACUGGGCCCCGAGGCUACGUUCCGCAACGCCAUGACGGCGUGGUACCUUCUCUUGAUCCAGGUGUCGGAGGCAAAGAGAAUCCAUGGCCAAGGAUGGCGAGAGAGGGCGCUGCCAUCUCAGACCAUCCGCAACUGCCUGCAUGUGGUGGCCCACGCCGCUCUUGCGUGCAUUUACAACUGCAGCGGCACGCCAUGGAGCCUCAGAGGGCGCCAGGAGCGACCAGCAGAGAUCAAGGCACCCUGGAGAGGCAACCCGUCCAUUGCCAACGCCAUCUACUCAACGCAGCUGGAGCACCUGAAGAACCUGCGCGACAGCUCCAAGUUCCAGUACCCUGCUGUCGCCCCUGCCUUCGCCGUAGACUUGCUGGAGGCAUCCGAGCUGGCUGGGCAAGCGCUCCGGGGCGCGUGCUUUCUGCAGAGCAUGUGGAGCAAGGCGCGAGACACAUCCUUGGGCUAUCUUUGGGAUCUCAUUAUGGCGUCUUGGGGCAAGAAGCAGGAGCUCUCCACGUGGAACGCCGUGGAGCAUGAGUUGGCGCUUGCAAGGCAGGCUUCGGCGCUGGAUGGCGGCCAGAGACAGAGCCGCAUAGCGGCGUGGACGAGCCGCCAGAACGCCAUGCACGGAAAGGCCUCAGCAAGCGAUCCCAGCGAGCUCCUGGUCACAAGAGUGACCCACUUCAAGAGCCACAGCGAGAGCCAGCUUCUGUUGUUCCUGCGCGCGGACGAGACCGUCUCCCUCUGCUUGCCGCUCACAAGCUUCAGAGGCGCAGUGCUGGCUGGCAAGGGGAACCCAAGACGUCUGCAGGUGGCCCGGCCAAGCGCAGCGCCUCUGCCAGCAGGGCUCGUCAAGGCUGUGAGAGUUGUGGAGUUGGUCGAGAGCUCCAAGACCACCUGGGUCGCUACGGGCCUCAACCCCGUUUCAAUGCUGGACACCACAAGCGUCCUGGCCGAGGUGAGGGCGAAGGAGAUCACGCGCAACAGCAGCCGCACGACGGUGAAGCUCAGCAAAGAAGCCCUCGAGGCGAUGGCAGACUUCAUCAAGAAGGCUCCCUGGAAAGAGGCCGCCGCUGCCGAAGAGAAGGUUGCUUGGGUCCACGUUGGCAUGUUUUGGCAGUCUGUGGCUUUGCAGCUUGUAGCGACCCCCGCCGGCCUGGCUAUCAGCAAACUCCCAGGCCUGACAGCCAAACAGCUCACGCCUGCAGCCGGGGUGAAACACAUCCCACUUUUUCUGCGCGGUUUGCCAGCUAUCUGGGAGGCUACGCCUCUCCUGGACAGCGAAGGUAGCUUCCGCAUACCCAAGCGGUCGAUCCCUUGGCCCGAGGUGUGUGUGAGAGCGCAAGACAUGCUGGACGUCAAACUAGCUGGCAAAAACCAGUCGGAGUACGGAAAGUCUGUGCUUUGGGUUCUGCGCAGCCUGCUCCCCGAAGGGGACGGCGCCCUGAAGCGUCUCCAAUCUUUUGUGCAAGACGUGGAUAGUCUUGCUGCGCCGAUGCUGCCGCUGCACUGA